UGAAGCUCCCUUCCAAGUUGAUCAUUCUCAGGAAAUCGUUCAGUGCGUAAUUCUGGACAUAUCUAAAAUGGAAUUCAGGGAUAGUAGUUGCGAACCAGUCGCCGGGCCGGAGCAAGCUGCCGUUGGUCGGUCGUUCUCUGCAGGCGACGUUAUUCUGACCUGUGAGCCAUGGGUGUGGGCUUUUAACAGCGCCGCGUACAAAGACCACUGUGCGAACUGUUUCCAGGAGAAGCAGGGACUGCGGACAUGCUCGGGUUGUCAACUGCAUCGCUACUGCAGUAAAGCGUGUCAGGUGUCCGACUGGAAGAAAGAGCACAAACUGGAGUGUGCUAUGCUGAAAAAGGUCGGUAGCAACAUGGCAUUGAUCAGUCUGAGUGCCGGGUCCGUGGAGUAUUUUGGCGCAAGGACGUUUGAUCUGGUCGCCAAGAUAGCUAACAAAAUCAAGCUGAACGUGACGAUGGAUCUUGGGGAUCAGGGGACGUUGUCAGCUGCCGAGAUUUUCGGCUUACUUCCUGCGAAUCCUUCCUCUAACGACGGUGCGGAGCCCACGCAGGAGUCACUGGCCGAGUCGGCGACCGCUCUCGGCAUCUCUCUAUCCGAAUACUGGACCUAUCAUCAGACAGGUGGCUACAACGCUGUGUCGGUUUAUGACAUCCCGGAAAACCACUUUCCGUUUGUACUGGCCAUCUAUCCAGAAGCGCCGGUCGAGGCCAUGACGCCGGUGUGCUGGGAUGUCAAUGCCACGAUCAACUUCAGUGGCCGCCGCAUGAUUAUUGUCGCGACACAGGAUAUUCCCAACUACACCGGACUUCACGAUCUUCGCCACAAUCGGCUGAUGCGGGAUCCGUUUUCGCGUCCACUGCUUGAACGUCGCGAUGUGUUUAAGCUGACGUAUAGGCGCCCGUGCACGUGUCGAAAAUGUACCAAAGAAUUUGAUGCGGAGACCAAUCCGCUGAAAUGUAUGACGCCAGAAUGCCGGGAACCCAUUCCCAGCGACCGCCGUGCACUGGCGCCGUGUCCGCAGUGCGGUGCGAUCAACACUGACCAGCUGGUUAAGUUGAUGCGAUUCACGGAGAAAUGCGAUACGCUGUGGCGGAACCGUGUUGAUGAACGGCAGCAGGUGCUGCAAAAUGUGGAGUAUUUCAAGGACGUGAAAGCGGAAACCUUCCUCCAUCCGGAUGCCCAUAUUCGUUACAUCUACUCGUACAACCGCUAUUUGGACUUCUUUGAGGAGGGUCGUUGUGAAGAGGGCUGGAAGCUGGCGCAGGAGAUGGUCAACUGUCUAAGGAACAUCCAUCCCAAGUACGACAUCGCUUUCGGUUCCAAAAUUGCCGCGAUCGGAAUCAGGGCGCUGGAAGCUGUAAGAAAGAUGGUGCUGAGAACACCGCUGGCCCAAAGAAAACGGCUUCAACCACUGGUGACCGCGAUGUGUCCCGUUGCGCGGAGUUACUGCAAGGAAGCAGAAGAUCUGUACAUUCACGUGCUGGGACCAGAUUUCGCUGCAGCCGUCGUCGGUCGCGAAAGGUUUGCCGAGUUGGAAGACACGAUUUCCACCCUGCAACUGGCAUUAAACGGGAAUUACCGAUAAUUGUUUGCUGGUUUGACAGCAUUUGGAGAGCUCACCU